UUUCCCUUUGAAAAACCCCUCUCUCUCUCUCUCUCUCUCUCUCUCUCUCUGAAGUCUUCUUUGACCCUUGUUUCCGGAGCUGCGAAUGCUUUGUACGCCAUUGGUUUAACCCUAAGCUCUCAGAUUUUUGCUAUUAUUGGAUCCUCCUUAAAGCUCCACGUCUUGUCCCCAUUCGCUCUUUGGUUCUUUCCUUCUGGUAAGAAUCCGCUCUCUUUUAUGGGCUUGUUGUUGUUGGUUUUCUGAAAGGAGGAGCUAUGGAUUUGGUAUUUUAGGGGCUAUAUCGGUUUGGUGUAUAUAGCGAGGGAUUUUGUGCGAAAAAAUCCUGUUUUUUUGCUUUCCCGGUUAAAAGUUGGUCGAUUCUUGAAUCCUUGAGAGAAAGAUGUCAUCAGCUGGUGUUACGCUAAGUCCGGUUCGUAGCGAGGCGUUCAAUAUGCCCCUGGUUCGUGCGAAUUCUUGUGCGGAUUCUUACCCAGACGAGACCAUUUUGAUCUACCUUACACUCCCCGGAACGUUGAUACCGAUGCGAGUGCUCGAGUCUGAUUCCAUUGAAUCUGUUAAGCUCCGGAUUCAGUCUUAUCGUGGGUUUGUUGUGAGGAAUCAGAAACUCGUUUUCGGGGGACGAGAGCUAGCUAGGAGCAACUCCAACAUGCGUGAUUACGGUGUCACUGAAGGCAACGUUCUUCAUUUGGUUCUCAAGCUCUCUGAUCUCCAGGUCCUUGAUGUUAAGACCGCCUGUGGGAGACACUGCCGGUUUCAUGUGGAGAGAGGGAGAAACAUUGGGUAUGUGAAGAAGCAGAUUUCGAAAAAACGUGGAGACUUUGUUGAUCCUGAUGAGCAAGAGAUACUUUACGAAGGUGAGAAGUUGGAGGACCAGAGUCUUAUUAAUGACAUCUGCAGAAAUGAUGACUCUGUCUUGCAUCUCCUUGUGCGGAGGUCUGCAAAAGUUCGAGCUAAGCCCGUGGAGAAGAACUUUGAAUUGUCGAUUGUUGCCCCACAAGCUAAUGAUGUGUCACCAAGGAAGCCUUCUGGUCACUUUUCUUUGGAGCCGGUCAUCGUUAAUUCCAAGGCAAAGCUUCCUCUGGUGGUCAAAGAUAUGAUUCACUCUGCUUCUGAUGGGCUAAGAAACGGGAAUCCUCCAGUCAGGUCAAGAGAAGGCACAGGUGGAGCUUAUUUCAUGCAAGGUUCGUCAGGCAAUAAAUUUGUUGGUGUUUUUAAGCCAAUCGAUGAAGAACCCAUGGCUGAAAACAAUCCACAAGGCUUACCACUUUCACCAACUGGGGAAGGUUUGAAGAAAGGAACAAAGGUUGGAGAAGGUGCAUUGAGGGAAGUCGCUGCCUACCUAUUGGAUCAUCCCAAAAGUGGACGACGAUCUAUGUUUGGUGAAGAGAGAGGUUUUGCUGGUGUGCCUCCCACGUCUAUGAUUGAAUGUCUACAUCCUGCUUUUAACCAUCGCAAUGGAAUCAAAACCAAGAUUGGUUCACUUCAGAUGUUUACCGAGAAUAAUGGCAGCUGUGAAGAUAUGGGUCCAACUUCAUUUCCAGUAGAAGAAGUUCACAAGAUUUCUGUGCUAGAUAUUAGAUUGGCAAACGCAGAUAGGCAUGGUGGUAACAUUUUGAUGAGCAAGGAUGAAAAUGGAAAGAUUGUUUUGGUUCCAAUUGAUCAUGGAUACUGCUUGCCUGAAAGCUUUGAGGAUUGCACGUUCGAGUGGCUUUACUGGCCACAAGCUCGGAAACCAUAUUCUCCGGAAACACUGGACUACAUAAGAUCACUGGACGCCGAGGAAGAUAUCGAACUCUUGAAGUUCCAUGGAUGGAAAAUGCCAUUGGAAACAGCUCGAACACUGAGGAUCUCAACGAUGCUUCUGAAGAAAGGAGUAGAAAGAGGACUAACAGCAUUUGAGAUUGGAAACAUAAUGUGCAGAGAAACUCUGAGCAAGAAAUCUCUAGUGGAGGAGAUGGUCGAGGAAGCACAGGAAGCGGUGCUUCCAUGGACGAGCGAGGCUGCAUUCCUUGAAGCUUUGUCUGAUGUGAUGAAUUACCGUCUUGAUGAGGUGGUUUGCUCUCAGGAACACUAGAACUGGUUCCUGUGUGAAUCCUUCUCUUAACUGAAAAUCUGGUACAUAUACUCUUGGUUUAAACCUGGUGGCUUUUGUUUUUUUUUUAUUGAUGUCAUUCUUUGGACAUGUUCAAGUUGUUUGUUGAUUUCACCGUGACAUAUCUCUGGUAAUGACAAUUUCAGUGUUUACAGUA